AACUGCCCUGCCAUGCAAAUAUUACGAUUGGUGACAUACUUAGCGCUUGGUGCGCUCGGCUGUGCUAUUCCUAUGCGGCAAGCGCUGCCGCUGCCCAGUGGCCCAUCGGAGGUCCAGGCUGGGUCAUACUUUAUAGAGUUUAUGAGCGAACCGGCAACCCUGCAGAGUCAGCUCGAGCACAUCCAGUUUGCCCGCUUGGUCUCGGCCUCCGGCAUCAAGGUCCGCACCCGCAAUUCAUUCCGGCGCCUUUUCAACGGUGUUUCCAUCGACCUUCCUGACAAGCGUGAUCUGGAGACCCUGACAUCCAUGCCAGGGGUAAAGCGCUCAUGGCCAAUGCAGAUGCGCACGCGCCUGACUGCAAUCCACACAGAUAAUGCCACACCAAACCUCAUGUACGCACACUCGCACACCGGUGUCGACAAAGUGCAAAGGGAGCUCGGUCUCGAUGGCACGGGAGUAAAGGUCGGCGUGAUUGAUACAGGCGUCGACUACAUGCACCCGGAUCUGGGCGGUUGCUUCAAGACGCCCGGGUGUCCGUUCCAGUACGGCGAGGAUUUUGUCGGCGACAAAUAUGACUCGUCGAGCUCGCCGCACCCAAAGCCAGGACCCGACCCGCGCGAUACCUGCGAUGGCCACGGUACGCAUGUCACGGGUAUUAUUGCUGCCCAUGGAUCGAGGGUCAAAGGCGUGGCUCCAGGCGUCACCCUCGGUAUCUACCGCAUCUUUGGCUGCCCCGGAAACGGCACUGGCCAGGCUGCAGACGAUGUCAUUCUGAAGGCCAUGGAGGCUGCACACAGGGACCGGCAUGGACGUACUCAACAUGAGUUUUGGCAGCGGCCCGAGCUGGAAAGAGGACGCGCUGGCUGUAGCUGCCUCGCGGCUGCGUCUGCUGGCAAUGAUGGCGCUAACGGCCUGUACACAUCCGGAUCCCCUAGCCUGGGCGACGGCGUUAUCUCUGUCGCAUCGUUUGACAACUGGAUGCUAACCAGCCUGAGUAUUGACAUUGUCGGCCCUAACAUCAACAUGUCGAUUGUGCAUUCGUCGCCUGGAAACAGCAAAUUCGGCUUUUCUUUCGCUUCGCCAGUCGAGAUAUCCGGCGCCACCGACAGCACUGGUUCCAACGAGGGCUGUGCACCCUACAACAAUGCCAAUCUGACCAACAAGAUUGCGUUUGUUAAGCGUGGCAACUGCACGUUUGUCGACAAGGCCCUCUAUGCCCAGCAAGCUGGUGCCAUCGGUGUGGUUGUGUACAACUUCGAAAAUGAGCUUAUGUCGCCGACAUCUGUCUCGCUUAAUGUCACAAUCCCGCUCGUGGUCAUCAAGCUGGCUGACGGUGAGACUAUCCAGGGUGAACUCAAGCGCGGUACUGUCACCUUGACUGCAACCAACCAUACAGUUAGCGAGGUCAAUCCGUCAGGAGGCCAGAUCUCGCACUUUUCCUCGUGGGGACCCGAUCCCGAGCUGUAUAUAUCACCUGCAGUUGGUGCCCCUGGCGGUAACAUCUUUUCGACGUUCCCUCUGGCCCUUGGCGGGUACACAUCGCUGUCAGGCACCUCGAUGGCAACGCCGUAUGUGACUGGCAUGGCUGCAUUGAUCCUGCAGUCCAAGAAGAUGCGUGUCAGUACUGGUGAAGUGAAGCGGCUGAUUCUGGAGAGCGCGCACCCGAUCAACGACGGGAAUAAGACUGAGCUUCUAUCCCCGCUACGCCAGGGGUCUGGUCUCACCAAUAUUUUUGAUUCGCUUAGUGCCCUGGCCACCAUUGACCCCCCGCAAAUCUCGAUCAACUCGACGGUGACUGAUGACGAUGCAAGUGUAGCAAAGCGACGGAUCGACGAUACGCUUGCCAUGCGCAGUGUCCCUCCGCAGAUCAGCAGUGGUCCGGGUCGCUCAUCCUCUGGCGAAGUGUACCGCACGCUGAAGCUCUACAACCACAACACGGCUCACCACCUAACAUGCACAAUGACCAAUCUGCCGGCAUCUUCAGUAUCCUCGUUCCUUGCCAACGGCAGCUUUGCCGCUGUACCGCGCACUUGGCCCGAGGAUGCUACUAGCAGCGUUUCACCCGACAUGCAGCCCCAGGCUGUCAUUGAUGGCCAGUCCUUGCCAAUCCGAAUUGGUCCUAAUAGUGUACAGCGUGUACGGGUUCGUAUCACCCCUCCCACGGGACUCAGCUUGACCGAUCGCUGGUUCUUUGGUGGCUACUUGCGCUUCAACUUCUUAUGGGACGAUCCGGCAGGAACGGCUCAGAGCCUGCAUAUUCCGUACACUGGAUUCCUGGGUGACUACUCAGCGCAAGAUAUUUUGUCGCCGCCCGAGCAGGGCUUGCCGUACGUGAGCGUCAAGGGCUCAACCGACCCGAUUGCAGAUGGUGAUGACUUCAAUAUUGACGACACGCACAAACUCGCAGUACACUACCGCCUAGAACACCCAACAGCCAGGCUGAAGCUGCAGCUGAUCGAUAGCCGCAACCAGUCGGUUGGCUACCUGCCAUACGGAUAUCUCGAGUACAUGGGCCGCAACUACCAGGGCAUCAAAGGCCGUUUCUCCAACGCCACCAUAAACGGCACAUUAUUCCGGGAUCAAGAGCUCACUCAAGCGUUCACAGCUGAGCCCGGAGAAUACCGUGUGCGUAUCGAUGCUCUGAGGCCACUGCGCGAUCCCAGCGACCCUGAGGGGUUCCAAACCUGGGUGUCGCCAAAAUUCAUCAUUAACAGCGUUCAAUGUCACUCCUGGUGGUUCCAAAACAAAGAACGGCGACGACGAUGA